AAUAAUGGAUUCUACUAAGAUUUUUAAAAUCCAAGAACCAAUAACAAUGGAUUCUUAAAAUUCACAAACUCUACACAAAUUCAUCUAAAGAUGUUGUAAUGGAUAAACAUUAAACGACUAAGGAUGUUUUAAUGAUGUAAAAGACACAAAAACUAAACAUAAUACCAUAAAGGAUUGAUUGGUCUCAUUCAAAUCAAUUUUAAUUAUUUGAAAGGGUUCUCUGGCCAUAAAUUCUAUGUUGUAACUUCGUAGUAAAUAUUUUUUUAUUUCAAAACUUUUUAAUAAUUGUUUUGGGUCAUAAUCUAUUAAAAUAAUAUAUGUAUAAUUGAGAAAACUAUUGAACCAGCAGAAACCAUUGAACUAUAUAUUACUGAUUACCUUUCUAUUUUGAAAAAUACAAAAGUAUUGAUUCAAUUUUAUGCAAGCAACUUAAUCCUUCAACAACUACAAUACUAAUCUCUAUGCACAAACAUAUGUGUUCACUGAUAACCUUUUAUUUUUACUGCUUUCCCAAUUUUAAUCUUAUUUAUAUAUAAGAUAUCAUAAAUGAUAAAAUUAAACAUUUUAUUUACUAUUUUGACCAAUUUUAUUUGAUUAAUAACAUUUUCUAAAUAAUAAAUUUGACCAUUUUUUUUAAUUUAUAAUAUUUCCUAAAUGAUAAAUUUGACCACUCUUAAUUUUAUUAAUAAGCAUCCUAUAUGAUAAAGUUGACUAGUUUUUGGAAAUAAAUUUAUAUUUGUACGAAAAAAUUAUUUUAUUUUAUUUUAAAAUUUUAUUACCAUGUUACAAAUUAUUCAAAUAUUUUGAGUUGAAUUACACUUUAGCUAUCUCUUUUAGUAAAUCAAUACCUUAAUUUAAAUUAUUUUUUCUAUAAAGAAAAUACAUAAAAAUUUUCAAUUAAGUUUCAUUAAAACAUAAAAAUUUAUAUAUAUAAUUUCAUUUUGAAACUUAUCGAAACAAAGAUCAGAAUUAGUGAUAUUAUUUGAUUUAUAAAUUUAUUACUAAUUAAAACAUAACUAUUCCAAUAUAUUGACUAAAAGAAAUUAACUAUAAAGUAAAGGUUUUAAUUUAGCUAAAUAUAACAUAAAUUAAAAUGAGAUAACACACAUGUCAAUACAUGGAUUUUAUUUUUAUAGUUUCAAUAUUUUUUUCCAUAGCUAAAAUCUUUUAAAACAUUUUUUUCACUAUUCAAAUCAUUAAAUUUUUGCAUAAAAAUCGUCAAAGAAAAUUAAGAAAUAAAAUAAUUUUCUACUUAAAAUGGCAAGGUAGUAAAUAGUAUUUUUUUUCCCAGGGUCUAUCUAUCUAUAUAUAUAUACACACAUAUGGAAUCUCUUUGUAAACCCCAAAAGUAAAGAAAGUAAUCUCUCUAUAUAAAAUUCGAGUUUUGAGAGGUGGUGAGAUAAAAGAUUACGUUCAUUUCGAAGAAGGUGUGUGAAUAUACAUACUACACGUUCUAUCAUAUCUUAAUAAUUUUCUACAUUCUCUUAUUUACACAGGGAGGAGGAAGAAAGAUGGUGUGGUCUCGGAGGUCCGCUCAGGUGUCCCCGGGUGACGACGAAGAGAAAAUUGUACGGGAGACGAGGUCUCAGGGACAGAACUCAAGGAGACUUGAGGAAACAAUGGAGGGAAAGAGGAGGAAGCGUAAGAUGGUGAGGCUGUACGAAGAGUCUGACGGCGACGAGGAAGAGAAGGAGAAAAAUGACGAGGAUGAGAAGGAAGGAGGAGAGAAGCUCCAUGGGGCGAAACCGGUUGGUGAGCCGGUUAAAGUUAGGGGUAAAGGCAAAGGGAGAAGAACCCAUUACAGGCAGUUCGAGCACGGCGGUUACAGAUACCAACUGGAGGAUUCGGUGCUCUUGUAUCAAGAAGACAAUAGUCUAAAGCCUUAUGUUGCCAUUAUCAAGGAUAUUACCCAAAAAAAAGAUGGACGCAUGAUGAUUCUGGGACAGUGGUUUUAUCGUCGAGAAGAAGCAAAGAAAAAGGGUGGUGGAAACUGGGAAGCAAAUGAUACACGAGAACUGUUCUACAGUUUCCAUUUUGAUGAGGCCCCCGCAGAAUCUGUGAUGCAUAGAUGUGUGGUGUAUUUUGUUCCAGCUCAUAAGCAACUUCCGAAACGCAGAGAUAACCCUGGUUUUAUCGUGCAAAAGGUGUAUGAUACCGAUGAAAAGACGCUGUGGGAAUUGACUGAUAAGGUUUAUGAAGUUUCAAAACAACAUGAAAUUGACCUCCUUGUGGAAAAGUCAAUGUCGAGACUGGGUGAUCUUCCUGACCUUGAAACUGAGGAACGUGUAGAGAUGGCUAAAAGAUCUUCCCGGAAAGUAAACAUACCUCCUGUUGAUGUUAGAAAGGAGGAAGAUGAGUACCAUUUGAUCCUACGCAAGUUUGAUUCACUAACAGGUGAUGCUCAUCGUAACAAAUGUUUAGCUAAGCUUCUGAAAGCAGUCCACAACAUAUGCUCCAACGCUGGUGAUGAAGGAAAUUUGGGUUCAGCUGGAUCCCAUCUUGAACAGGCUGAGAAUGGAUCUCACGAUAAUCCGUUAAAGGUCUUAAACUAAACUUUUAUAUCCUUUUGAUCAAAGUGUCUCUUUUCAUACACUCACCUUUCAUAUUUGUUCCUGCCAAAAAUUUUACCAAAUAACAUUCUGAUAAUCUGAAAUGUAUCAAGAAUUCAUUAGUUGCUGGAAUAACCCUUUUGUUUAAACUGCUUGACAGAAUGAGAGUUUUCUCUGGCCAGAUGGUGCUGUUCCUCGGGUUUGUGCUCUUGAGUUGGCUUUACAUGUUUCUCUUGCAUCGGAUUACUCUAAAUACAAUCAAAGGAUUAGGGCGUUGGCGUUCAAUCUCAAGGUUAGAAUCUGCAUUGAUUGUUUGUGCAUAUAUGCUCCUUAUUCAUAAUAGUUGAUCUAUGAAUUUAUGUCACAUUCUGAUUUGACCUGCUAAAUUUUGAAAUGCCUUAUGAUGAUUUGCACAGUAAUUCCUUUUCUUUUUUUUUGUCUGUAGAACACUGCACUGCUGGCUAAACGACUGCUCAAUGGGGAGUUAGAACCUGCAAAGAUUUUGAAAAUGUCACCCACUGAGUUAAAGGUUAGGAAAUUUUUAUAUUACAUAACUUGUAUAAAGAUUAAUCUGAAUUUGUUCUAUAAUGCGCAAAUAGUAAUGAUUAUUUCUUACAUGUUAAAUAAAUAAGAUUUGGUUUUAUGGGAUUCAGGAGGGUUUAGCUGAUGAGGAAACAGAGAAGAAUGAGCCUGAUGAUGCGGUACGGAUGCAGGUUUCUUCAUUUCUGACAGUCAGUUUUAUCCAGUUUCUUGGAUUUCAGUUGAAGAAUGUCUUUGACCAUGUCAUGUAUUGGCUUUGGAUGCAGAUGACUGAUGUAAGAUGCUCGAGAAGCAGUGAAAUUAAAGUUGGCCUGAAGGAUAUCAUUCAAGCUGGGCGUGGAGAUCGCUAUCAGGUUCUUGUGCUUUCCAUAUUAAGAUCUUCUUCUCUUUUCUGUGCAUAUUCUUUGAUCAUAAUAUUCACACACUGAUUUUGUUUUAUGCAUCUAGCUGGAGUGUAUUGCCUGUGGACAUUCAUGGUAUGCCUCAAGGGAUGAGUGAUCCACUCAGACUAAAGACACUGAACAACCUGCCCAAGGCACUAAGACUGCAGACGUUGAGAAGACUUUAACCAGUCCUCAUGAAGCUGGGAAGAACGCAACAGAAGAAUCGUUGAAGACAACCAAUGACUUUAAUGCUGACAACAAUCCUGAAGCCACCAAGUAAAAACAAAAGAGAGAACCUCUAGGGUUUAAAGCCUUCUACCUUAUGUUUAGGCUUUGGGUAUUAAAUUGAACUUGGUUAAAAUUUAACAUUUGAUUUAACAUUUUAGUUAUUUAAUUAAGGUAAAGCUUAUUUAUCUUGACAA